AUGGAGACGGCGGCGGCAAUGGAAGCGGCCAUACUUAAGAUGUCAAACGGAGACUUCUCCGGCGCGCGCAAGCUCGCCGUCGCAGCGCAGCGCGGCGGGAUGGAGGGUUUCGAUCAGAUGAUCGCCGUUUGCGACGUGCAUUGCGCGGACAAGGAGGAUUGGUACAAGAUUCUCGGCGUCGCGGCGGAUUCCGACGCGGCCGCCGUGAAGCGGCAGUACGGCAAGUUGGCGGUGACCGUCCACCCCGACAAGACCGGGCUUCCCGGCGCCAGGGAGGCCUUCGAGCUGAUCAGCCGAGCGAAAGCCGUGAUCGGCGAUUACGAGAAGAGGAUGGCCUAUGAUUCCAUGGUUAGGGCUAAGGCCAUCGCUGAUCGUGAUCGACGCACCUUCGGUUUUUCCCAAUUUCGAUCUAAUCAGAAUUAUUAUGGUUUUUCACGAUUUCAAGAUUGUGAGGAUUUUGGGGUUUCUAAUUCUAGGGUUUUGAACUAUCAGAACGUUGAAUUGAGCGGGAAAGGCGUGUUUGACUCUAGAUUGACCAAUAGGGUGAAUGAGGUGAUCAAUAGGGUGAAUGAGGUUUCUCCUUUACAAGGUCAAGGUCAAGGUCAAAGUCAAGGUCAAGGCCGUGGUCGUGGUCGUGGUCAAGCAAGGGUAACUAAAGAAAUCAAUGAUGUAACUAGUAAUGUUGUAGAUGAGGGAAGUGGUGUGGUUGGGGUUAAGAGGGGUCGGGGCAGGCCUCGGGGCUCGGGGUCGAAGGCAGCAUCGGCAUCUGAUGAUGCUGCCACGAAGACGCCUCAAGGCUCGGGGUUGAUGGCAGCAUCACCAGAUGCCAAUGCUGCCACGAAGAGGCCUCAAGGCUCGGGGUCCAUGGCAACAUCGGGAGAUGCUGUCGCGAAGAGGCCUCGAGGCAGGCCUCCUAGCAGUGGUCGUGGACGUGGACGUGGACGUGGACGAGGUCAAUGCACCAUUGUGGAAGUGUCUAGCGAAGAUGAAGAUGAUCACAAAAGCAAGGAAUCUCAUCCUCACCCAGCAUCUGAAGCUGACAAAGGCAAGGAGUCUCAUCCUCACCCAGCAUCUGAAGCUGACAAAAGCAAGGAGUCUCAUCCUCACAUAGAAUCUGAAGCUGAAGCUGAUAAAAGCAAGGAAUCUCACCGUGGAAUAAGGCCGGAUUCGAAGAUGCUCGAAUACACGGAUGCAGAGUUUCACGACUUCGAGGGGGAGAGGAGCAGGGAGUGUUUCAAGAAAGGGCAGGUGUGGGCCGUGUACGACACGCUGGAUGCAAUGCCGAGGUUCUAUGCCAAGAUCAACGCCAUCCUGGACGACGGCCUCAAGCUGGAGAUCACGUGGCUGGAGCCUCUGCCCGAGGACGAGGAGGAGAAGAGGUGGCUGUACAAGGGGCUGCCAGCGAGCACGGGGAGGUUCAAGCAGGGGUACAGCGAGGUGGUCCAAGACUACCGUGUGUUCUCGCAUCUGGCCAAGUGGAAGAGGGACGCCAUACUGAAGAAGGUGUACGCCAUCCGGCCUCUGAAGGGCGAGACCUGGGCCGUGUUCAAGAAGUGGAAUGGGCUCAGGUCAAUGAUGGGGAUGACGUUCGGGGAGGAGUUGGAGUACAGGGUUGUGGAGAUCAUGUCGGAUUAUGAUUGGGAGAGGGGGGUGAUUGUGAGGGUGUUGGUUAGGGUGGAGGGGCAUGGGUGUGUGUUUCAGAGGGAAGAAGGGAAAAAGUUGAUAAUUAAGGCCAAGGAUAGGUUGGGGCUGUCUCACAGGAUUCCGUCGGUGUCCGUGUCUGUCAGGGGCAUGAGCUUCUUCGAGCUCGAUCCAGGUUCGCUGCCAAUCAUGCCGUAG